CCCCGGCGUCCUGACGCACAGUCCGGUGUCGGCGCUAUGUCUUUCGCCCUCUGAGCAGUCAAUUAGCUAGCGGCUAGCUAGUCCUGCUAAUUCUUCAGUCGCGCCAAGGAUAACACCAGUAAAACUCCAGUUUGAGAUGUCAGGUGCUGGUCCAUGGGUGUGAGCCGACUGGAUGUUUUCUACAGAAGGCUGCUCCUCACCAAACUCUUCAUUGGGGGAUGGGGGAAGCCUGAAGACCUCAAAAGAAUCUUUGAGUUCCGUAAGGUGAUUGGUGACAGAGAGAAGUGUAAGACGCUGGUGCCUAACGACUAUCCAGUUUACAUAGAUAAGAUCGAGGAGCACCCUGACUGUCACAUCCACAAUGGAUACUUCAUCUCUCCUCUGGAGAAUUUGGUUCCUGGAAUAUUGCCACCAGAAGCGGUCAAAGCCAGGUUCCAGUUCAUAGUUCCUAAAAAGUGGCAGAAGAACAGGCCAGUAUGUAUCCACCUGGCCGGGACCGGAGACCAUUUUUUUUGGCGGCGUCGGACCCUGAUGGCAAGGCCUAUGAUUAAAGAGGCAGGAAUGGCUUCGGUGCUUCUGGAGAAUCCUUAUUAUGGUUACCGCAAACCCAAAGACCAACUGCGGUCCAGUCUGAAGAAUGUCUCAGACCUGUUUGUGAUGGGAGGGGCUCUAAUCCUAGAGUCAACAGUGCUUCUGCGCUGGUUGGAAAGAGAAGGAUACUGGCCGCUAGGGAUGACUGGCAUCUCCAUGGGAGGAUAUAUGGCGUCAUUGGCUGUGACGAACUGGCCCAAGCCCAUCCCUCUGAUCCCCUGUUUGUCCUGGUCCACUGCCUCUAGUGUCUUCACCACUUUUUCAGGUGUACUGAGUAAAGCUGUGAACUGGACAGAACUGGAAAAGCAGUAUGCUAUCAAUUCGGUGUAUGAGACGGAGAUUAUAAAGCUGUUGGAGUAUUGUGGGGCUGAUUCCUUUAAGAUGGCACAAGAGCUUGUAAAGAACUCUGCAGGUCCUGUGGAGUCUCUAGAGCACCUGCUAGGCUUCUCCAGAGAUCACAGUGUCUCAGUAGAGCAGUACUCUAAAAUCAGAGGGGAGGUGGAUACUGGACGAGGCCUGCUGAUUGGCCGAGGCUCUGGAAGGCCCAGUUCCCGAGACAUAGUGGACCAAUUCAUAUCAUCAAUCAACAGCAAUGGGACAAACCUUGAUACUCUGCCAAGACGCCUUCAUGAAAAAGAGACAUUGCAGGAUGGGAAAACGGUUGAUUCGGGGAAAUGCUGUCGGCCAUCAUUACACAGAGAAUCGAUCAGUUUCAUGAAGGGAGUGAUGGAUGAAUGCACACACAUGGCCAACUUCUCUGUUCCUGUAGACCCCAGUCUGAUCAUUGUGGUCCAAGCCAAGGAGGAUGCCUACAUUCCUCGUGCAGGGGUCCUGAGUCUGCAGGAGAUCUGGCCAGGCUGUGAAGUCAGAUAUCUGAGCGGAGGACACAUCAGUGCAUACCUGUUUAAACAGAGUGUCUUCAGACAAGCCAUAUACGAUGCAUUUAACAGAUUCUGCCUGAAGUAUCCUAAUCUGCAAUAGCCUCACCAGCCUGAAGUCUUUCCUGCCUACAACAUCGUCAAGACUGUAUUUUCAGAAUGGGUCUGGAUAUGUCUCUGGUAGGCUGAGACACACCACCUCCCCUUCCACAAUGGUUCGUCACUGAAAUCGUAGCUUGAACACAGUGCAGGGCCCAACUGGGAAUGAUGGUCAGCACUGUGAUUCUUUACUUUUACAUACUAAUGUUUUUAAAAUGUGGCUCCAAGCUCAGUGACUUGACACAUUGCUGCCUAAUAUAUAGAAAUUUGUAUACAAUACUUUUUCAUUAAGACACAAUAAAGGUUCAUGGACCAACAUAAAUAAAAACUACUAAUGUUUGCUACAUUUGAGUAUCACUUAAUAUCCCCAAAUUGCCACAAAUUUGAUGUGUCAAUACAGUGAGCAGUAUAUUAAACUAAAAACCAUAUGAAUAAGAAUGAAUCAUGUUUAUCCAGAAUGGAAAAGCCUCCUGAAUGAAGUACUACCACAUUCUUCAGUCCCACCCCACUAUUGGACCAUGUGAUGAUCCAGAAUCUUCUGUUUGCCUUUCAAAGAGAUUCUUCUUUAUCACAGUUUUUAGCUGUACCUGCAGUGUGGGUGACCUCACACCAGUCUGACUGAUCAUGUGUAUUUGAUGAUUUGUCAUUUUUCUUAUAUUUCUCCUCAUAACAAUUGAUAAUAAAUGGUGCAUCCUAAUUAAAGGUGCGAUAUGUAACGUGAAUAAAUUUACAUGUAUUCAUUCAGAUUUUACUGCCUUUAGUAAUGUAGAUGAUCAUGAAAAUGAGUACCUCCCUCCACAAGAACAACCUGUGCAUAUUGCAGAGCAUUCAGGUCAAAUUAUGUAGAGGGAUUAAGGGAAGCCUAAACAGCAUUUUGAAAUGUCACAAUGUCAAAAGUUUAUGGGAACUGCAAAAUUCAAGAAAAGUUAUUUUCUGCACUCCCUUGUGGUAUUUAUCAUUUAACAUCCAGUUUGUUAGCAUACAUUAGCUAUAUUUGAUUUGGUAUUACAUUAUAUAGUCCGAACAGGGUGAACUAAUAAGUGUUUUUAUCCAUUUAAUGAGUGACAUUACAGUAAACAGGUGUUCCAUAGUACAUUUUUAUGUGCAUUUUAGUAUUGCUUUGGAAAUAGCUUAAUUUUCCUUUUAAUAAAAAUGAUUUGACACACAUAAUAGGAAAUGGAAACAUUUUUGAAUAAAUUCUGAAGUAGUGAACGUGUAAUUUAUAUGAAUAAGCAUAAGCACACAAGUAUGUAUAAAGACAUUUGGUACCUUUUUAAUAUGACAAAACUAUGGUACAUGCAGUGUGUUUGAAAGUGCACGUUGAAGAAACACAAAGGAAAAAGUAAUGAACUUUGAGGAGUAAAGUUAAUAACUGCAAUAAAUACUAUCCAUUUAACUCUACAGGUUUACUGAAUGAUUAGCUUGAAAGGGUACUUGCCUAAGGUUUAUGUUUGGGGUCUGUUUGCUGGGAGCUGGUUAUUUUUUGACACCAGCUGACACCAUUUCUCAAUAGUUUAUGUGAAAAGGAUCAGAGGAGAGAUGCUGAAGAACUCAGGAGCCAGUAUUAUAACUUUCACCUCUAGUCCUCUACAUUGAAGUAAAUGUACAGUGUUAUCAUGUAAGAAGGCUGUUAUCUGAAAAAUGGAGCUGGCCAGCGUCAGAAACAGAAAUACACAAAUAGAUCACACUAAUGUUCAAAUUGUGUAUUUUCAAUAAUGCUAAUGUAACAUAACUUGAUCUUGAUGCUUAGAACUUGGAAUCUGACCCGGGUAUCUUUAAAUUCACCUCCCCACAAUAUGAGGAUGUAAAAUCAGCUACAUCUUUUUGUCAUCCUUGAUCACAAUUUUCCACAGACAAAAUGUACAUUUGUGCCAUGUGACUCUUGUUCCAUUUAAAUGCUUUCAUUUGAGUGCUGAUGGCACCUCAGACCUUUGUAGAUACAAGACUUUAGAGAUUCAGAUUUUAAGCUUGUAGAGAUAUUACUUUUUAAUAUUGCAAUAUGGAGACAAGCAUCUAAAAUGAUUGAUAAAGCUGCACAUUCCAGCCAAAUUAUGACAGCUUGGCACUAUUUCCUGCUGUUGAGACCCUUGUGGUGGACAGUUUUAGAAAUUAAAGCAUUUGCAUCACCUUUUCCCUCCUCAGCAAGGACUGAGUGGAAAAUAUGCUAUAAUACCACUGCUUUUAGAAGAGGAAAUUAUGAAACCAGGAAUAAAACAAACAAUUACUUGCAUAAAGUCACUUAAAGUAUUUUCUGAAAAAUACAGAAAACACAACCUAUAGUACUACACUUUCUGUUUUAAGGUCUACCCAACAGUGUUAAGAGUAGCAGCUACUGGUAGGUUAAUGAAGUAUUCCAAUGAAAUGAAGAUACUUUAUAGAUAUAUGACAGAUAAACAGGUGUGUGUCUACAUAAUCACAACAGCUCAUUCCCAUCUUAGAUGUUUUUGGUGUUUUUACAGCAUUGAAGCUAAUCACUGAGUUUAUCCCAUGCAUGCCCUCUACUUUUUUCUUUAAAAAAAACUUAAAGACUAAAUAUUUUGAGCCCCUUGCAAAGCAUUAUGUCCUUAGUAGGAACCAAUAGGUUUGUUGCAAAGAGAAAGGUAUAAGACAACGAACACAUUAACACACUGAACAAAGCCAUUUUGUGGCUUUAAGUGAAUGCUUUGUGGAGAAAAAAAAUUCCGCUCACUCAUUGUAAUCAUUUAUUUAAACAGUAUUAAUUGACCCAGUAGAUGCUGCAAGGUUAAGUGUCCCAAAAAAAACUUUUAACUUCUUUUACUGACAUUUUUAGACAGUAUGUUAAUGAUGACAAAAUUAUCCAAAAGUUGGUUCUUGAAAACAGUUAUGUAAAAAAAAAAAAAAAAAAAAAAAAAAUGUUUUGAGUUCAGAAAAGAAAAACUGAAAAAUAACCUUAUCUUACAGUGUUAACCAUAAUUUCUUUUAGAGUUGACCUGAAUUCAUUUUGUUGACUUUAUUCAUAGAACUGAUCAGACACAUGUUCAGGAGAGAAGAGAUCCAGUCAGGUUAAAUACACUAAAAGGAAGGGAUAUUCAGUAGCAAAUACCUGCUACAUUUACAAUAAUGGUGUUUCCUUCCAUAGUAUGUAUAUUUGAUGAGUUUUUAGGUUUUAGAGUAAUGCUUAAAUAAUGCAUUACACUUGAAUGAAACCUGCUUGACUAAAUGUACUGUAGAGGUUAUUCAACUAAAAUCUUAAGAAAUCUGGUUGACUGAAACGGAAAUCAUUCAAAAACUAUUCAGAUGAUUUAUAGCCACAACCGAAUGGCAUUUAAUUUACAGCCUAAUCAAUAUUUGCUUCCAAAACAAACACUGCAGUUUACUCUGAGUUUUCAUGUCAUAUUCCACAAAGUUAAUUUAAUCUAUCAUAUCUUAUGAGAGAGAGAGAGGAAAUUAAGUGUGCUUGACUAAUGCAAUUUUCAUAGGAUAAGAUAAUUUUACUUAGUGACUGAUAGAAGCUUUUAAGGACACUUCAGAGGUAGUUAUGAUAGGUAUGAUCAUUUUGGGUUUUGUUUUGUUUUUCUGUGUGAUUUACAUAUAAAUGUAGAGAGAGCUUGCACUCCUUCCAGUGAGUGGUUGAGAUGGGUCAUAAUGUGAGUGAGUAAUUUGAGAAGUUAAGAUGAUGAAGUGUGGCCUUUCAGAAACUUGGAAAUGUCUUCUGUUGACACUCCUUGAUAAAUAUACAUGCACUAAUGUUUUUGAUUUCAAAUUAAUUGAAUAACUUUUCCUGUUUAAAUCAAACGUGUAUGUUGGUUUUUAUCUUUACAUUAAAAAAUACACA